AUGAAGUCGUUUUGCCGGUUGGGCAAGGUUUGUGGAUGUAGCGUUUCAGUUGUUUUUUCGCACCGCGUUUUUGCACUCGGGCCUCGACGGGAUUACUCAACGUCCGAAGUCCCGUUGGGGAGCAGCCAGGUUCCCAAGGGGGACCCUCGUAAGGAGCAAAAAGGGGGAAAUAUGUCCGAAGUAUAUCUAUUUCACCCUGCACAGUACGAGUCUGCACCAGCAACUACGAGGCCAAAUGUUCUUCACUACCCCGCCGAGUCCACAAAUCCAGAAUUCAAGGCGAACACCGAGCGAAUGAAGGCACUUACCGCUGAACUUCGUAGACGUGUUCAGGUUAUUGUCGAUGGAGACUCUGAGGCAGAUAAGCGAGCGAGGGAUCGUCACAUCAGUCGCGGAAAACUUUUGGUCCAUCAGCGCAUUGAGAAGCUUGUCGAUCCAAUGUCGCCGUUUUUGGAACUGUCUCAACUCGCUGGUGGGGAUCUCUAUCCCGGAGAAGCUUGUCACCGCGGCGGUAUCCUAACAGGUAUUGGCGUUGUGCACGGCAUGCGGGUUAUGAUCGUUGCCAAUGAUGCUACUGUGAAAGGUGGGACGUAUUACCCGAUCACUGUCAAGAAACAUUUGCGAGCGCAGAGAAUUGCGGAAGAAAAUCGCCUUCCCUGCAUAUAUCUCGUUGACAGUGGUGGCGCCAAUUUGGGUAUGCAAGGUGAUGUGUUUCCGGAUGAACAACAUUUUGGCCGCAUAUUCUUUAACCAAGCAAAUAUGUCUGCCAAGGGUAUCGCCCAAAUAGCGACUGUUAUGGGAAGCUGUACGGCCGGCGGAGCAUAUGUGCCUGCCAUGUCCGAUGAAAGUAUCAUAGUUAAAGGUAACGGUACUAUUUUUCUUGGCGGUCCACCACUUGUCUUCGCAGCAACCGGUGAGGAGGUUACACCGGAAGAAUUGGGUGGUGCAGACGUUCACUGUCGGGCAAGUGGCGUGACUGAUUACUUCGCGACGGACGACCUCCACGCGCUAUACUUGACGAGGCGCAUUGUGGCGAACCUUAACCGGAACGACUGUGAGAGGCCGUGCCGCGGGAGAGAAUUCACUCCACCAUUAUAUGAUCCUAGUGAAAUAGGUGGGUUUAUACCUGAUAUGGGGGCUGAUGUAGUAAAGGGGUUCGAUGUGCGCGCAGUGAUAGCUCGUCUCGUGGAUGGAAGUGAGUUUGACGAGUUCAAAAAGCUAUAUGGUGAUACGUUGGUGUGUGGAUUUGCGCGCUUUGAGGGGAUGCUUGUGGGUAUUGUUGCUAAUAAUGGUAUUCUGUAUUCUGAAUCAGCGCUUAAAGGUGCCCAUUUCGUUGAACUUUGCUCACACAGGAAUAUUCCACUACUAUUUCUGCAGAACAUCACGGGAUUCAUGGUUGGCAAAACGUAUGAAGAGGGAGGCAUAGCCAAGAAUGGCGCAAAGCUUGUCACAGCAGUUUCAACGACUCACGUUCCGAAGAUUACGAUAAUCAUUGGCGGAAGCUACGGGGCUGGGAACUACGGUAUGUGCGGGCGCGCCUUUGGUCCACGAUUUCUCUUCAUGUGGCCCAAUGCACGAAUCAGUGUCAUGGGGGGAAACCAAGCGGCGACAGUACUUGCUCUAACGAAUUCUAAGUUAAGGGAAAACGAAGUACAAGACUUCAAGGCUAAAGUGAGAUCGAAGUACGAGUAUGAGGGUUCGUGUUACUACAGCACCGCCCGUCUGUGGGAUGAUGGUGUUAUCGCACCCGAGGACACUCGUGCGGUCGUAGUACAGGCGCUACUGUCAACGCUUUCAGCUCCUUGUGGAGAAACAAAGUUUGGGGUUUUUCGUAUGUGA